UCUCUCAUGUAAAUAAAAACACUGUAAACAUGUGCGUUUUUGUGUUUGCGAUUUGUAACGUUUCGGUAAAUUUUCAUGAAUCUUUCCGGCCGUAGAUCAACGAUUUGUUACAUUUGAGCAAUAAGUUUCUAUGUAUUCCUCCUUGGAAGUCGUGGGUCACCACUAAACCUUUCAGUCAUUGUUCAUACUCCUCUAAUCUAAUCAGUCACUUCGCGCUAGUGAUCAUCCCAGUUUUCUAAGAAUGGAUGAGUUUUUUGAACUCUUUUCCUGCGUUCAGUGUCCUGCCCAUGAUGAUCCUAGCAAUUUCUUUUUCUGUCACGAUGAUAAAGAAUUUGAUCAUGAUUCAUAUGCGUUUCGAUUGAUGAAUAAUAGAGUCAAGAUUCCGGAUGUCAAAGACCUCAAAUUCCAGCUGUACAAAUUAGCAGAGUUGGAAAAAAAUCAGGACAAUAUUGGCUACAAAAAGCCAGGCUAUUAUGUGCCUUGCAUGACAAACUGUGUAUUUCCAAAAUCAUCAAUCUUAAAUAAAUUUGAAAUGAGGGACUGCUAUCAUCUCUACCAAGGGUGGCUGAAGGAACAACUGAAUCCAGCGCAGCAUGAAGUUCUGAUGGGCUUCCUAAACAAACUGACUCAGGAAAGAUCUGAGUUUCAAAUGUUUGUCUCAACCCAUUGGAGACGAGAAAACUUCAAGCGCUAUCUUGAAAUGCCUGCAGUUGCGAAACAGCUCAUCGAGCAGUAUUGGCAAAAAAGGAUCAACUCAAUUUUUAUGCUGUAUCCAAAUUUCUAUGAUAAGCUACUUACAGUUCCUCUCGUUUACGAUGACAAGGAGAAUCCCAUCAGAAUGCAGCAUCAACAGUGUUUGCAGAGCUUUGGUGAUUUGAAGCAAUUGAGGAUGCCGGUUCUGAGACAAAAGCAAGAGUUAGAAAAGAGUAGAUUGGAUUCAUCCCUUGUCACCACUAAUGAUAGUCUUCUGCACUUCCAGCAACCAGUUAGUUUAGAUGGGUUGGCAGGACAUCUGGCCAUCCAAAGUGAAGCAAAUUUUGUUCUUUCAUCCAGUUGUUUCAAGAAAUUAGUAGACAAUCAUUCGCCUAAUUUCUCAACAUCAUGGCAGUUGCCAAUAGUUGUAAAAGAGUUCCCAAGUGGCAAAGGAAGUAAGCGAAUCGUGUUUAUAGACAAGGCACUCCCUGCUACAAGUUUAUCAACUGCAGACAAGAGCAAGUGGUUUGCAAAGAAAGCUGUGAUAUCAUUCUUAAAUUCUCUUGAGAUUAACACGAAUAACAAAGCAUCUAAACUUCUGAAUCAAACUCAACCAUCAAAAUGCGUCGAGGAAGCAGCAAGUCAAAAUAAUAAUCGUCAGGAGUCUUCGGAAAAACUAGAAGAUUUGGCCAAGCAUGCUUGCUCAUCCGUCGAAUCAUCUGAAACAAAAGCAGAAGAUGCCAAGAGACCCCCUAAUGCAAUUCAUGAUUCGACUUUCAGUGCGAGCAACUCUGUUCUGAAAGAAGGCUCUUGUCAAUUUGCUAAUUCUGCGGAAGGAGAACUCAGCAACUCAGAAACUAGUUUUAAUCAAUCUGAAGGAGAGAAAAAUAGGAGUAUAUCUGAUCAGUCUAGCAUCGCUGAAAGUGAUGAAUUUAAAUCAGGCAACAAGAGAGCUAGAAAAACUGAGCCAAAAAUUAAAGUAAAACCAGCAGAAUUCAACACGGAUGUACUAAAUCCCCAGAAUGAUUCUACCUCAGUUGUCAAGAAAACUAGAGGGAGACCUAAGAAGGUCCAAGCGUCAGACACCAGCAGUCCGUCACCUGAUAAAACUCCGUCCUCAAAUCGAACGUCCAUCCGCAAAAAGGGAAUAGAUGUCAGCUUGGAAGUAUCAGAUCUAACAGACUCCAAGGUGGAUUCCAAUCUGGUCGUCAAGAAGAAAAGAGGAAGACCAAAAAAGAUCGAGUUACCCGAUACUGGUAAUUCCUCAGAUGAAAAUAUCUCCUGCUCAAAGUCCCAGUCCUCGAGAACAAAAGGAAUGAGUCGUAAUUCUAAGAUAUCAUCAGAUUUAUCAAAUUCCACGGAGGAUUCCACCUUAGUUCUCCAAAAGAAAAGAGGAAGACCGAAAAAGAUCCAAAUAUUGGACACCAGCAGUUCUUCAGAUUUUAAAACGCCCACAAGCAAAAAGGAAAUAGGUCUGAAUCCCGAGAUAUCAGAUGUGACAGACUCCAAAGAAGACUCUCCUUCAAACGUCCCGAAGAAAAGAGGAAGACCGAAAAAGAUCCAGGUGCUGGACAGUUCCUUAGAUGAUGAAACCUCCCCCUCGCCAGUAAGACGCACAGCCCGGCAAAUUGCUGCUUCAACUCGGAAAUCUAGCGUAAGUCCUAAAACUAUCAACAAACGCCAAACAAGAGGCAAGCGUAGUCAUUCUCCAUUGUCAAACGUUGAUGAACCAUCAAAAUCAUCGGGUGAGAAGGCCGCAAGCUCAGACCGAAACUCAACUGGUCCACGUGUCCCGCAGGCUCGCACCACGCGAAGUUCAGUGCCUGAAAAAUGCAUGAAAGCCAUCACAAAGAAGUCCAAGGAGAAAGUGCAAGAUUGUGGCUCUGACUCAGAUACUGAUUCAGAUAACCUGGUGAUAGAUUUGCAGAAUGACGAUGUGACCGAGGAUCAUCUGGAAUUAGAAGAAUUGAAAGAAGAUUGUGAGGAGGAUGCGCAUUCUUUGCAACCAGCAGGAAAAAAUGUUUCGCCAAUCAUUGAACAAAAUGUCGAACCAAAUGAUGUGGGAGAAGCGGAAGAAGUAAUGCCAGUUUCAUUCAACUUUUACCGAGAAAUAAGCAGCGACCGUGAUAAACAGACAGAAACUACUGAAACAUUUGUCAACAACAACGCAACCUCUUUGUCUGAUUCUGGUGCUCUGACUAAAUCUCAAGUUACAAAUUCUGCUGCUUUAGAACGAUGCGAAUCAUCGCUUGAGCCUUCAUCUGAACAUUUGGAUGCAGCUGAGGAGGGCAGAAGGGAUGAAAAGUGCAGUCCAGAUGAGAGGGCUCUCGUCAGUUCUAAGAUUGGAGGUUCCACUACCAGGACAAAUGUUGAGUACAAUUUGUGGACCCUGCAUAAAGAAGACAAUAGCAGAAUAUUACUGAAGACUGGGACCAGGGCAUUGUCCUUAUUGAUCAGGACAAAGAAUUUUGGUUUGAUGAGACAGGGCAACAUGGAAUACAAAGUGAAUCCAGUAACAAAGGUAGAGUACAAUCCUGAGUACGGAGCAAGCUGUUCUACACUGAGUGAAGCUACUCAAGCAUGGGCAGAUGUAUUCAUCAAGCCUCGAACAAAUCUAAUUAGAGUUCGAGUGGCUCAUGGUGACUACGAAGUUAUGAUGGCUGAAAAAUUAGGACUAGUUGACUGCGUAACAGAGUUAAAAAGGAUUCACAACACCACUCCGCAGCACUGCCUCAACAACUUGUACUCUGUUCUUGUGAAACUCGCAGACCUUGAAGUGGGGAAUUACAUGCUUUGUCACAAGCCUCAAGAUGGAGCGUUUGCUGUCCUGCAUAAAGCUUUAAAUGAGAGGUUUGGGUCGCACAGUUUACAACGCUCUUACCAAAAGAAUCUGAUGGCUUCAAAAGAAAGCUGCCCGUUUAUUCCCAUAGAUUUAUUCACUUUAACUCCAGCCAAUCGUUACCUCAGAUGUGUGCCAGCAACUUUUACUCCGAAGUUUGUUUCAAAGAGAAAUUUCAACCAAAAGAAAGGACCUCCAUCGCUUCCGGUGAGUAACAUUGGGAGGCCAAGACCAAGAAAAAAUAAGGGAAAACAUAACGGUGCGGCAAAUAAAGGUAAUGCUCAACUGCCAAUAAUUCAACAAUUUUCGCAUCCUAAUUUCAAGGAGCCAAGAAUUUCUAAGUUGUCUUCAGAAGUCAACCCUGAAAACUCAUUACCGGUUGAAAUACCACUGACUUGUUUUCCAGAGAAACCAAAAGCAACCAAAGAGCCUACAAAAUGCAAUCCUGGAAAGACAUCAGUCAACGACAACCCUGAAGUUUUCACUUUCAAAAAGCAUUUUAGUCAUGAGUUACCUCCAGUGCUCACCUGUGAGAAGUUACCAGAACCUGCUGAUCCACUCAAAACGAGUUUAAAUGAAUCGUCCACCAAAGAGCAGCCACCAGUGCUCAGUUUUGAAAUGCCAACACUUCUUUGUGAGAAGCCUUUACCCCCUACCUUUCAUCCAGAAUUAGAUGCAAAGAAGCCAACAUCAAAUAAGUCUCACCUACUCAAUUUCGACAAACCAGCAACUACCCUGAGUCCCUCAUCUCCAAAAUCUAAUAAGUCACCACUCCCCGAGGAGUUAAUUGAAAAACCCUCGCAUCCUCCCAAAGUUUCAUCUGACAGUGCCUUUAUUACAGAGAAGUCUCCAACCAUCAGUUCCGAAGAUGCGACUCUUUUCAGGCAGCCUCCAGCGAAUGGUCGAAUAAGAAGAAAUGCACGAAGAGCAGCUCAGUAUAGAGAUAAAUUAAAAAAUAAGAAAGAAUUGCAGCUGAAAAAUAAAACGCUCAUGAAAAGUCUUAAUUCUAGUCAGCCAUCCACUUCGAGUCUACAACCGCAUUGCUCAGACAAUGAGCUCAGUGCAGAGAGAGAAUCAUCCUCUAGUUAUCAAGAUAAACCAAUGCAGGGAACGCAGCCAACAGAAAAAUUUGCUGGGUUUGUCUUUGGGGAAGUUCAACAACUCGGCGUUUCCUCCAGUGGAGAAAGUCAGCCAAUUAAUCCUUCCGGUUCUCAUGCUCAAGAGGUGUCAUUUUCACAGCCCAGAAUAGCAGGAGAUUGGCGUCAAAAAGCACUGAAAAGUCUAAAUUUCCAAUUUUCCAAGACACCCAUGAAAGCAGGGCGUAAAAAUAACUUUUCUUGCAGGGGGUCAUCGGAUAAAAUUCCGAGAAACAGGAGGAGUUAUGAAAAGUAAAAUUAGCUCAUUCGUAACUGUGUUCUCAAUAUUGCUCUGAACUUUGUAAUUAUGUCAUCAUUAUAUUGACCCCUCAAAUUGCAAA